GCGCUCCGUAGCCGUGACGUGCGCGGCGGGGCCGGGGACUCGCGGGGCGCCGGCCGGCGGGCGGAGACGGACCGGGGAUCGGUCCGAGCAGGAAGCGAGGAGCAGCCUGAUCGCCGCCCCAGCCUCCGCCUCCGCCCCGUCCCCGCCUCGGCGCUCAGCCCGCCGGCGCGCACCGCCCUCCGGCCUCCGCGGACCCGGAGCCCCUCCGCGCGCACCUGCCUCCGAGCGCACAGGACACAGUGGAUAGCUAGCUCCCUUCAGAAAUGGAGGAUGGAAAGCCCGUUUGGGCGCCACACCCUACAGAUGGGUUUCAGAUGGGCAACAUCGUGGAUAUUGGCCCUGACAGCUUAACCAUUGAACCUUUGAACCAAAAAGGCAAGACAUUUUUGGCUCUCAUAAACCAAGUGUUCCCUGCAGAAGAGGACAGUAAAAAAGAUGUGGAAGAUAACUGUUCACUAAUGUAUUUAAAUGAAGCGACACUUCUCCAUAAUAUCAAAGUUCGAUACAGUAAAGACAGAAUUUAUACAUAUGUCGCCAACAUUCUGAUUGCAGUGAAUCCCUACUUUGACAUACCUAAAAUAUAUUCUUCAGAAACAAUAAAGUCUUAUCAAGGAAAAUCUCUUGGGACAAUGCCACCUCAUGUCUUUGCAAUUGCUGAUAAGGCUUUUCGCGACAUGAAGGUGCUUAAGAUGAGUCAGUCUAUCAUUGUAUCUGGAGAAUCUGGAGCUGGCAAAACGGAAAAUACAAAAUUUGUUCUAAGAUAUCUGACUGAAUCCUAUGGAACAGGUCAAGAUAUUGAUGAUCGAAUUGUCGAAGCUAACCCACUCUUGGAAGCCUUUGGAAAUGCAAAGACUGUUCGCAACAAUAAUAGCAGUCGAUUUGGAAAAUUUGUAGAAAUACAUUUCAAUGAAAAGAGUUCAGUUGUUGGGGGAUUUGUUUCCCAUUAUCUUCUAGAGAAAUCUAGGAUCUGUGUUCAAGGCAAAGAGGAGAGGAAUUACCAUAUCUUUUAUAGGUUGUGUGCUGGUGCUUCUGAAGAUAUUAGGGAAAAACUUCAUUUGAGCUCCCCAGAUAAUUUUCGGUAUUUAAACCGAGGCUGCACUAGAUACUUUGCUAACAAGGAAACUGACAAGCAAAUUUUGCAGAACAGAAAAAGUCCUGAGUAUCUUAAAGCAGGUUCCUUGAAGGAUCCUUUGUUAGAUGACCAUGGAGAUUUCAAUAGAAUGUGCACAGCCAUGAAAAAGAUUGGUUUGGAUGAUGAAGAAAAGCUUGAUUUGUUCCGGGUAGUAGCUGGUGUCCUUCACCUUGGAAAUAUUGAUUUUGAGGAAGCUGGAAGCACUUCAGGAGGUUGUAAUCUGAAGAAUAAAUCGACUCAGUCUUUGGAAUAUUGUGCUGAAUUACUGGGUUUGGAUCAAGAUGAUCUUCGAGUAAGUUUAACUACAAGAGUCAUGCUAACAACAGCAGGGGGCACCAAAGGAACAGUUAUAAAGGUACCCCUGAAAGUGGAGCAAGCCAACAACGCCCGGGAUGCCUUGGCAAAGACUGUGUACAGCCAUCUUUUUGAUCAUGUGGUAAACAGAGUAAAUCAGUGUUUCCCUUUUGAAACAUCAUCCUACUUUAUUGGAGUCCUAGAUAUUGCUGGUUUUGAGUACUUUGAACAUAACAGUUAUGAGCAAUUUUGCAUCAACUAUUGCAAUGAAAAACUUCAACAGUUUUUCAACGAAAGGAUUCUGAAGGAGGAACAAGAACUCUAUCAAAAGGAAGGUUUGGGUGUUAAUGAAGUGCAUUACGUGGAUAAUCAGGAUUGCAUAGAUUUAGUUGAAGCAAAAUUAGUGGGAAUAUUGGACAUUUUGGAUGAAGAAAAUCGCCUUCCCCAGCCCAGUGAUCAACACUUUACAUCCGCGGUCCACCAGAAGCACAAGGAUCAUUUCCGACUCACCAUUCCCAGAAAAUCUAAGCUGGCAAUUCAUAGGAACAUCAGAGAUGAUGAAGGCUUCAUCAUCAGGCACUUCGCAGGGGCAGUGUGCUACGAAACAACCCAGUUUGUGGAAAAAAAUAAUGACGCUUUGCAUAUGUCUCUUGAAUCCUUAAUAUGUGAAUCCAGAGAUAAGUUUAUACGGGACUUAUUUGAAACAUCCACAAAUAACAACAAAGACACUAAACAAAAAGCAGGAAAACUUGGCUUCAUCAGUGUGGGAAACAAGUUUAAGACACAGUUAAAUUUGCUUCUGGAUAAACUUCGAAGUACUGGAGCGAGCUUUAUUCGUUGUAUAAAACCCAAUUUAAAGAUGACAAGCCAUGACUUUGAAGGUGCUCAAAUUUUGUCUCAACUUCAGUGUUCAGGCAUGGUGUCUGUCUUGGACUUGAUGCAGGGGGGCUUCCCCUCACGAGCUUCAUUCCAUGAACUCUACAACAUGUAUAAAAAGUACAUGCCAGACAAACUCGCAAGACUAGAUCCAAGACUGUUUUGUAAGGCUCUUUUUAAAGCUUUGGGCUUAAAUGAAAUUGACUACAAGUUUGGGUUAACAAAGGUGUUUUUUAGACCCGGCAAGUUUGCAGAAUUUGAUCAGAUUAUGAAGUCUGACCCUGACCAUUUAGCAGAGUUGGUUAAAAGAGUCAACCACUGGCUUAUCUGCAGUCGCUGGAAGAAGGUUCAAUGGUGCUCCCUCUCAGUCAUCAAAUUGAAAAACAAGAUAAAAUAUCGAGCUGAAGCCUGCAUUAAAAUGCAGAAAACUAUUCGAAUGUGGCUUUGCAAAAGGAGACACAAACCUCGUAUCGACGGUCUGGUUAAGGUGGGCACACUGAAAAAACGGCUUGAUAAGUUCAAUGAGGUAGUAAGUGCACUGAAGGAUGGAAAGCCGGAGGUGAAUAAGCAGGUCAAGGAUCUUGAAAUUUCUAUUGAUGCGUUAAUGGCCAAAAUUAAGUCCACUAUGAUGACAAGGGAACAGAUACAGAAAGAAUACGAUGCACUAGUUAAAAGCUCAGAGGAGCUCCUCAGUGCUUUACAGAAAAAGAAACAGCAGGAAGAGGAAGCGGAAAGGCUGAGGCGUAUUCAAGAAGAAAUGGAAAAAGAAAGAAAAAGACGUGAAGAAGAUGAACAACGUCGAAGAAAGGAAGAGGAGGAAAGGCGGAUGAAACUUGAGAUGGAAGCAAAGAGAAAACAAGAAGAAGAAGAGAGAAAGAAAAGGGAAGAUGAUGAAAAACGUAUUCAGGCUGAGGUGGAGGAGCAGCUGGCCCGACAGCGCGAGGAGGAGUCCCAGCAGCAGGCGGUGCUGGAGCAGGAGCGCAGGGACCGCGAGCUGGCGCUGAGGAUCGCCCAGAGUGAAGCCGAGCUCAUCAGUGACGAGGCCCAGGUGGACCUGGCGCUCCGCAGCUCGGAUACCCAUCCAGUAACUUCUAAAAUUAAUGGAGCAAGACCCAAAAUGACACCGGAACAAAUGGCGAAAGAAAUGUCAGAAAUCUUGAGUAGAGGUCCUGCUGUACAAGCCACCAAGGCAGCUGCUGGAACCAAGAAACAUGAUCUCAGUAAAUGGAAAUAUGCAGAACUACGUGAUACCAUCAAUACUUCUUGUGAUAUUGAGCUUCUGGCAGCUUGUAGAGAAGAAUUUCAUAGGAGACUAAAAGUGUAUCAUGCUUGGAAGUCCAAGAACAAGAAGAGAAAUACUGAGACAGAGCAGCGUGCUCCAAAGUCUGUUACUGAUUAUGAUUUUGCAACAUUUUUGAACAAUUCACCUCAGCAGAACCCGGCCGCUCAGCUCCCUGCCAGGCAGCAGGAGAUCGAAAUGAACAGACAGCAGCGCUUCUUCCGCAUCCCAUUCAUCCGCCCUGCGGACCAGUACAAAGACCCGCAGAACAAGAAGAAAGGCUGGUGGUACGCCCAUUUCGACGGACCUUGGAUUGCCCGGCAAAUGGAACUCCAUCCUGACAAGCCACCCAUCCUUCUUGUGGCUGGUAAGGAUGACAUGGAGAUGUGUGAGCUGAACCUUGAAGAGACAGGCCUGACUCGAAAGCGUGGUGCUGAGAUUUUGCCAAGACAGUUUGAAGAAAUCUGGGAACGCUGUGGAGGCAUCCAGUACCUUCAGAAUGCAAUUGAGAGCAGACAGGCGAGGCCCACGUAUGCCACGGCCAUGCUGCAGAAUCUGUUAAAGUAGCUGUUACACGCUGAGCUGGCAGCAGGGAGCCCCUGCCGUGGUACUAGGUAGGGUGUGUGCCCAGAGAUUUAACCAUUCCACGAUCAUGUUAGAAUUACUUCUACAAAGUGAACAGAUUUUAUUAAUCAUGGCUUUUUGUUAAUUUAAGGUUAAUUAUGGUAGUGAUUUUGGGACCUAAAAAUUAUUUUCCUAUAAACCUCUUGUCAUUCUCAUACUUGUUACACUUGGACAGAUUCUGAUAUGUCUCAUUCUCUGCAGACUGCCUUAAGUCCAUCAAAAUUGUUCUCUAGGAAAAGAAAUUUGAAAAAUAAUUCAAAAGACUCGAUUUCUAAGGACGGCACAGUACAAUAAAACUGGAAUAAUGAAACAGCUUAAGUUUUCUUACAAAGAUUAAGGCAUUUAAUAUUUUCAUUGGAAAAGCUCUCUACUUUCUUUACUUGCCUUUGCAGAAAUUCAUGGCAAUGUCUAUCAAAGGUGGACAUUUUUAUCCCCUCCCUUUUGCAGAGUGUCUUAGUUUGAGUAAAGCCAUUCGCCUGAAGUUCUAGCAUUCUAGAAUGAGCCUUAUGUGAUUGAUGUACUUGUACUUGGUGGUAAAGAAGGUACUCAUAGUAUUCUGCACCAGUUUUUCUUUUCUAUUACAUUGUGUUGCUAUAAGAAUAUUUUUCUUAUAUUCCAUGGGGAAAUAAAGGAAAUUCAGAUCAUGUAAGUGCUUUAAAGUUUUGGGAUAACUUUUGUUUCAUUUAGAAAAGGAAAUAGGUUUAGGUGGCAUUGUGGCUUAACUCUACUGAAUUCAAAUAUUCCUCCAACUUCAUCUCAAUUGUGACUUUUAUAUCAAAAUCUUGUCCAAGUUGUUUCAUAUGAUUUAGGCUAGUGUUCUGCUUCAAAACAUCCUUGUUUUAAAAAAGUUCGUAGUGUCUUUGGCCGUUGAGAUUUUGGUAAUUGUAGAGCUGUUUUAUAAGCUUUGUAAUUCAAAAGUCCUUGAACUUGGUAAUUGCUUGUUUCAUGUAACUGAUAAUUUAAAAAGUUUUCCUUGUGUGCUGUUAGUUUUGAUCAAAUGUCAGCAGUUUCUAGCCUAAUAUUUAUGACUUUCAUGUUAGGAAUUGGGAGGCAAAAAUACAUCAAGGAAUUAUGUUGACUUAAUCGUAAAGAGUCUUGUUUGUAUUUUAGAAUAAAAUUAGAAAAUAAAAAUACUCUCUUCUGCAUUCUUUUUUUCUGAUUUCAAAUGAUAUUAACUUUUGAACUGAGUUUUCAGUGAUUUUUUUUUCCCCCCUAGAAAGAGUAACUCAGCUAGGAAAAUAUUUCCCAGCUGAUUAGAUUAGUUUUCAGACACUGUUUUUAGAAUCGCCUCUCUCUUCAUGUCUUUGAACAGAAAUGUUUACUUAUUACAAUACUGUGCAAAUGAUUGUCUUCUAUUAAAGAAAUUAAACAGCCCUGCCUGUGCUGCCGAGAAUGUGAAAAUUAUGAUCUUCUGAAGGGUGUGUUACUCCAUAGACUCACCCACCCUGUGUCAUUUGGUUCCUGUGAUUGCUGACAGAAAGGCCUGGUGACUGACAAUAAGUGACCUGUGUUCUCUCUUCUCA